AUGGCUACCAAAGACUCUACUUUCAACAGCAAGAGAAAAGUCUCUUCCGAUGGCAAGGAAAAGGGCGACUUCAAGAACAAGAAGCCUCGGUUGGAGGGGAACGCAAAUGGAAAGCCAUCAGGAUCAGAGCAAACCUCUCGAGAAUCGCAUGCGAAGCAGAAGCAACUCGCGCUGGAGCGAAAGGCCGCCAAGCCGUUAGCCGACGAAGUCCAGCGGACAAAGAAGAUCUGGGAACGCCUGCGUCUCAAGUCUCACGUCCCCAAGGAGGAGCGACAGCAGCUGGUGGCGGAACUCUACAGCAUUAUUACAGGCCGCAUCCGCGACUUUGUCCUCAAGCACGACGCCGUCCGCGCCGUCCAGACCGCUAUCAAAUACUCCACUCCGGAGCAGCGAAAACAGAUUGCCACAGAGCUUCAGGGAACCUACGCUCAGCUUGCAGAGGGGCGCUACGCCAAGUUCCUCAUCGGAAAACUCCUCGUCAACAAUGACGACGAGAUCCGCGACAUCAUUAUACCUAACUUCUACGGCAAAGUUCGAAAGCUCAUCAACCACUCCGAGGCCUCGUGGAUCCUGGAUGACAUUUACCGGACGGUCGCGACGAAGGAGCAAAAGGCCCUCCUGCUGCGAGAAUGGUACGGCCCCGAGUUUACCAUCAAGGAGAUGACCAAGGACGUCAAGGCGACGGCCGACUUGAAGCAGAUCCUCGAGGCUGAACCGAACAAGAGAGGACCGAUCAUGAAGAGUCUGCUGGACCUCAUCAACUCGCUCGUGCAGAAACGAAUGACUGGCUUCACCAUGCUGCACGACGCAAUGCUCCAGUACUACACAAAUACGCAGCCCGGAUCCGAGGAAUUCACCGAGUUUAUGGAGUUGAUCAAGGGCGACGAGACUGGCGAUUUGCUCAAGAACCUGGCAUUCACGCGGUCGGGCGCAAAGCUCGUCUGCCUGCUCCUGGCGUACGGUACGGCCAAGGACCGAAAGGUGCUGCUGAAAGCGUACAAGGACACCUUUACGCUCAUGUCUGGAGACCAGUACGGCCACCUGGUGCUCUUGACAGCCUACGAUGUCAUCGAUGACACGAAGCUCACCUCAAAAGCCAUCUUCCCCGAACUGGUGGGAGAGAAGGAGGAGGAGAUUGCACAGAACGUCGUCGCGGCCGCCAACAACGCCAACGCCCGAAUCACUCUCCUCUACCUCUUUGAAGGACUGGCCAAGUCGCUGUUCCCGGCGAGCCACGCUUACGACUUGGAGGUGCUGAAGGAGGUCCACGAGAUUCGCAAAACGACAAGCAAGAAGGAAACCGACGUUCGACGCAAGGAGCUUGCGGCAGCGCUGUCUCCCUCAUUGAUCGCAGCGAUUGCGACGUCGCCUUCUGAUUUCACAGCCACGCCUUUCGGUUGCCAAUUCGUUGCCGAAGUCCUCCUUUCUGGCAUCGGAGACAAGCAGAAGGCGCUCGAGGCCCUCGCCCAGUCCGUCAGCGGCGACCCGAAGCAGGAGCCGGCAGAAGACGAGAUUGCGUCCAGGCCACACAUUGCCAACACGCCGUUUGGCGGCCGCAUGCUCAAGUCUCUCAUUCAGGGCGGCCGUUUCGACAGAGCCCUGGGCAAAGUGAAGCUGGUUGACCCGCCGUUGGGCUUUCCCGAUAUCCUGUAUCCUGUCAUCAAGAAGAAUAUUAUGGACUGGGCUACUGGACCGAGCUCCUUUGUUGUCGUAGCUCUUCUUGAGAGCGAGGAAUUUACGAGUGCGGAAGAGCUGAAGAAGACUCUGAAGAAGAACAAGAAGCAGCUGGAAAAGGCGGCCACCGAGCCCACGGCCGAGCAGAAGGCUGCCAAGGAAGCUGGCGAGGGUGAAGAGAGUGGGAAGAAGGGCAAGAAGACGGAGGCGCCUGUGGGCAACAAGGGCAGCAAGCUGCUGCUUGAAAAGCUAUGA